AUGAAGCAAGACCUCCUCGAGGGUGGACCCCCGGGUCAGGCGGCGGCGGUGCGGGACCCCAACCUGCUCUACCAGGUUGAUAAAUUGUCCAUGGACCAGGUCACCGUGUUUCCGGACGGAGAGCUCAACGUGCAGGCAGUUGCAUCGGCGCCAGGAGCCGCAGCCUUUGCACGGCCCCUCAGCGCAGGUGAUGGCGCUGGUUGUGUGUGGCUUGUGGAUGGGCGGCCGCGGCAUGCGCCACCCGCCGCCGGGAUGGGCCCGUUGGCAAUGGGAGCCUCAGGACCCGGUAGCAGCCGGGCCGUGAGCCGGGAGGAGGUCGUGGCUCGGCUUCAGAGCCUCUCCAAGGAGGAGCUGGAUAGCUUUGAAGCGACGUUGAGGGCACAGAAGGCGGCGGCAGGGCGGGGAGCUGCCGCGCCCACAGCGUCUGCCCAGCAGGUAUACCGCCCCAGAAGCCCCGCGUCAAUCUACGUCUGGAGCGGCUCUGACCAGCCCAACUUCGAGUACCCAGAGCUCAGCGCUCUGGGUGACUGGGGCAUCCCCGCCCUGCAGGCCAAGCCUAAUCUGGCCAUAGCGCUCAGCGGUGGCGGCUACAGGGCUGCCACUCUGGCACUUGGUUGGGUCCGAGGGCUUUACAUGCUCGGUGUUUUGCAGCUGUCCCGUUACGUGGGCUCAAACUCCGGCGGCAGCUGGUUUAACGGCGCCAUGUCGUACGGCGGAUUUCCAGUGGGGCCGUUUCUGGGACCCUAUGCACCGCCUUCCAACCUGUCUCGGGACGCAUUGGGCUCCCCCGCCCUCCUGCCCGCGGGGUCUUUCGGGUCCACCCUCGCUUCGAAGGCCAUCAUUGCGGAUGCCAUUAAGGGCGUACUUGAGGAUCUGGUCGUACCUGGACGAGAGAGUUUUAGUGGCUGGACGGAGGCUAUCGCGCGCGCCUUCCUGGAGCCGUACGGCUUGGACCUGCAGAACAGCAGCAUCACAGCUCAAGGCACCCGGGGUCAGAUCGCUAUGAAGCAUGGUCCUAAUGUUCGCGCUUCUUGCCGGCUGGCAUCCGUCCCACGAUUACGUUUUUUGCUCCCACUGUGUUUUUCGCUGGCUGCGGCUGUGCUGCUAACGAUUGGCGGUUGGCGGUUGACGGUUUUUACCAGUCCGUAUCCCAUCGUCCUGGGCUCCAUCAUGAGGGUAGACACGGAGCAAGUCUUUUACCCUUUCGAGGCCACACCACUGUACGUGGGCGACCCUGCUCGCAACUUCACCGUCUCGCCGCCGCUAGGUCCGGGUUUUAUGGAGCCGCUGGGAUUCAACAGCCCCCCGCCUGGGGACCACCCGGCCCCCAACGCCUCGGCGGUUGGACUUCAGGGCCCCGUCAACGUAACGCCAACCAAGCUGGUUCCCCUAGCCACCUACCUAGGUAUCUCGUCCAGUUUCGUGUCGCAAGGUGUACGACCUUCGAGCAGUGCGGGUUUCGCGCUCACCGGCACCGAGCGACUAGAUUACUGGAACCCCGCAAACUACACGGGCGGCAUUCUUUCCUUCGCGGACGGUGCGGGGAGCGACAACCUCGCCAUUACCCCGCUGUUGCGACGCCGUGUAACCCACAUUGUGGCGUGUACGGCCGCGCUGCACGCCGCCGACCGAAGCCCCGCGGACUGGGCCGUGGCCCAGUACGACGUCGCCGGAUUGUUUGGUGCCGUACCUCUAAAUGCAACCAGCUAUAAGGGACUCAAAGGCGGACUCACGGGUGUUCAACCCGACGUCUUUAACCGUGCCUUACAGGUAUUCCCGCGAGAAGGGUACGACGAGCUGUACGACACGCUGCGUGGCGGGUUAACAUAUGGGCAGCCUGCCAUUCACCGAGCGUCGUACCCGGUGCUGUCGAAUCCUUCACAAGCCGUUAUUGGCGGUUGGGUGGUUGAGGUGUUAUGGAUCUUCAAUAUGAAGACUGACCAGUGGGAGCAAAGACUGCCCAAUGACACGCAGGCCUUCUUGAACCUUCAGCGGAACAACACUGGCAGCGACCUGCACCAAUACCCCCACAUCUCAACCUACACCGCCAACUAUUCGCCCGAGCUGGUCACACUUCUCAGCCAACAAGCGACUUGGACUGUACUGCAAGCGGCUUCGGAGCUGCUAGAUCUUUUGGAGAUGGCUGGAGUGUCCGCGUCGCCGCCAGCGUCCAGUAUGACAAAUGCAAGCAACAACACCAACGCCACUAACCCCCACGUUAGAAAGAAGAACAGCAACGCCACAACUGCCGGCGUCGGCGCACCUGCGGGUUUCGGAGCCGCCAUAAUGAAUACCACCGCCGCCACGGCAGCGGGGAGGGAACCGGAGAUGCCGUACAACGCAACGACGCAGCAGCCAGUGAACAGAUCGUCUCUGGCGGCCGUGGAGGGACACUCGAUGGCGACGCUCGUACAGUUCGUACAGGCAGAUCCGCAGAAGCAGCUAGCGGGUGUUGCGCCGCAGCUGACGGAGGCAGCACAGCUGGCCGGCGGCUUGCCGGGGGAUGUACGGCAGCCCAGAAAUUCGUACAUUAUGGCGCUUGGAGAGCCGCCGGCGACGAUGAUUCUAUUGCCAGCCACGAACCAGAGCGCCCAGGGCGGCGGCGGGGGGAACGGGGGGAGGAUGGGGCGCAGCGCAAACGGCGGCCUUUUGCACAGCUUCAGAAGCUCUCAGGCGCGUGUUCCUCCAGUCGCAGCUCCUGCCGCCUUUCGCGACGCCACCAGCACCUCAGCUCCUUUAAAUUCCGGAGACGCAAGCAAGGACGAUUUCGGAGAUGCUGCACUGUUCACGGAGGCUUUUGCUUUGCGUUCUUCUGAGGUCACGCCAAGCAGCUCUGACGUCACGCGCUCCGAACAUUCAGGACUUCUUCACGGCAUCGGUGAAACUGCUGCAAUUGAGAAAGAUUUCAGAUCUGAUAAAGUCGAGGAACUUCAAAUCCAACAAAUCGUUUCGGGAAACUUCUCAGCAGCUGUUGUAAAUGCGGACCAUUCGGGCUCUAUCCAAGCCGCGAAAAAUAGUGCAGAUAGCGAACUCGCCUAUCAACAGCAACGGCAAAAACAGCGGCCCUUGCCGGGUGACCCGGCGGACGCGCUUCCAAACGGACGCGCGACUGCCGUAACUCCGCCCGUUGCGGCGGCGCGGGAGGCCCUCCAGCAGCACCUCAUGCACCACCGCUCUCUCCGGACAGCUCGCUGGAACAGCAUGUACCAGGAUUCCACCGGCGGCGUGAACAUUACUAACGUAACCGGCGGCGGCGACGUUGACGGCAGCGGCGGCGGCAGCGGCGGCGGCAGCGGCGGCAUUAUAGCAAGAGAAAAGGAAGACACAGACGGCCUCGGCAGCGCGGACGCCGACGGAGAGCAGCAUCGCGACGGCAUGGACGUUGGUUGUACGGCGGGCCCAAUGGCAUCAUUUGGCGCGUCUGCUGACGCUACCAACGGCCAGACGCUACUGCCACGCGGGUCACGGCCACCACGGGCGCUGGGACAGCGUUUCAGGCUGCUGCUGCAGCCGGGCCUUGGCGGCGGCGUUGACAACGCCGCCAUGGGGGCGGCGGCGGCGGCGGCGGCGGCGAGAAGCGAUGGCGGGAUGGCGCAGCAGACAGAGGUGGCUGCAGCAGCAGCGGCAGCGGCCCGGUUCCCACCGCCCAUUCGCGAAUCUGCAUCCAAGGCUGCCGCCGCCACCACACGGGAGCCCGAGCCGCCGCCGCCGCCGCAGCAGCAGCAGCAGCAGCAGCAGCGUGGCCGUCACCGGCCGGCGGGUGCCUUGCCGCUGCCGCCGCGGGUCGUUCCCAUCAGCGACGCUAAGCAGCAGCACCAGCGGCGGCGACAGUGUGAGGCUCCGGGCGCUGAAUCAGUGGCGGCGCCAUCGGAAGGUACGGCAUUGGAACGAGGCCAGGCAACGGCGCAGGAGCUAACAGCUGAAGCAGUAGCAGCGCCACAUGGACGAGCUUGGCGGCCUUUUGGCCCGCUACUGCCGCCGCUGGCACUGCGAGGCGUGCCUUGGCCCGCCGCCAGCCUGCUCGGCUUCGCACUGCGGCACCUGGCCGCUAGAAAACCACCGCCGCUGAGGGCAGGUACGGCGGCUAACGGCCCUCAGGUGUCGGCGCCGCCACCGCCACCACCGCCGCCGCAGCAGCAGCCAAACGGCAGCGGGUGCAAAAGACCCGACGCCAGGACCGGCAGCGGAGAUGAUAGCUUAACUGUCGACGGCAGCGACGGUGUAGCGGCGCCGGCACCGUCCCCGCUGACUGGCGGCGGCAGGAUGGAGGUCGACGGCGGCGGCGGCGGCGGCGGCCGGAUUCACAGCAUCGAUCAGGCGCAUGAGGCGCUUCGUCGGAUAGAGGAGGCGUCUGAAGACCAGGCGUUACUGGCCGCGCGGCUGGAGGAGUGGGUGGAGGCGCACCCUGUGGCGCACCUGGCGCUACAGCUGCAGGUGCUGCGCAUUCAGCUACAGCUGCUGCGUGCGCAAACCGCCCUCUGGCGUCCCGUUGAGCUCCUCAACGGCCGCCUGGCCCUGCUCGGCCUAACUGCCGGGCUUUACCAAGAAACUGUCAACCGUUCCCAACUGACCCUGUACCAGCAAGCCCUACACCAUCCUCUCAGCAUUCCCUCCGCGUUCGCUUUGGUCGUAUUGCUGACGGCGAUACACCGCCAAAUUCAACCGCGCAUGAGGACGCGGGGGUUGCUCAUGAGCCCGCGGGCGCAUCGGUGGCUUGGUCGCGCGGCGAUGGAUACUCCUCGCUUGGUUUCACCUCGUCGUCCUGACGUGAACGACUUGGCCUCGGCGGGCAGGAGCCCACCUAUAAGCAUUAAAAAAGGCGCUCCAAAGAGUCCGAAUUACGACAUUAGCCACGACCUGGAGGAGCUGGAUGAAAACGUCCUCGCGGAGAUGCUGGUCAAGGCUAGCCCCAAGUUCACUGAGCCAUUUGACAUUAGCCAAAUCACCCGCAACGUAAGCGUUGCACGAGCCGCGCGACGGGAAAUGGACGUUGCCUCGUGCGGGGGUCUCAGCGAAAGCUACGCGUCAG